CCUGCGAGUGCAAGCGCAACCACCUCUAUUGGAAGGAGACGGGCCUGUGCUAUCCAGGAGUUCACGCAGGGCCCGUGCAAGGCCGGCAACCGAAUCGUGCUGAACGCCACCAGCGGCGAGGUGGUGUGCCAAUGCCCGACCUUCUGGUCACGCUACUCGGACGGCGAGUGUCACGAGGACUUCACGCGCGGCCCGUGCCCCGAUGGCCAGCUGAUCGUGUACGACGCCGAGCAGGACAGCGGCGUGUGCCGCUGCGACGCGUCCAUGCUGAUGCACUACUUCGCCGAGACGGGCAAGUGCUACCCCAAGUACAGCCAGGGCCCGUGCAAGGAGGGCCACAUCGUUAAGUUCGACUACCGCAGCCUGGCGCCCAGCUGUGAGUGCCGCGACGGCUUUCAGAAGUGGGCCGACGGUCAGUGCUACGAGCUCAACACGGCCGGGCCGUGCGACCCGGCCGCCUGCGACGGCGCCGCCUGUCUCGUCCAGAGCCUGGAGACGCUGACCACCGAGUGCGUGUGCCUGCCGACCGGCGCGCGCACCGCCGACGGCCACUGCUACCAGCCGUACUCGCAGGGCCCGUGCGGCCCAGGCCAGUGGCUGGUGCUCGACAGCGACGGCGCCUCCGCCUGCCGCGCCAAGAAGCAGUGCACGCGCUUCGACAACUGGUUCUUCUGGCAGGGCACCGAGCGCUGCUACCGCCAGUACACGCAGGGCCCGUGCGAGCUGGGCCAGCUGUUCUUCAUGGACCCGAGCACGGGCCAGCCGAGCUGCCGCUGCGAACCCGAGUGGAACGCCUACUACUGGCCGGCCGACGGCCGCUGCUACGAGCAGCACUCGGUCGGGCCCUGUGCCCAGGGCAUGUUCUUCGGCUACAACUUCACCGAGAGCCGAGCGGAAUGCAGCUGCUUCAAGAGCCACGUGCUGAACCCGGACGACGGCACGUGCCUGGAGCGGCACACGCGCGGCCCGUGCGCCGAGGGCGAGCUCAUCCAGGCGGACGAGGCCGGUCUGCUGACGUGCCACUGCUCGAAGGAGCUCAGCUCGCACUACUGGGCCGCCGACGACAAGUGCUACGAGCACUUCAAGCGCGGUCCGUGCGAGGAGGGCGAGACCUUCCGGAUCGACCACAGCACCGGCCGGCCGGCCUGCAUAGUCUGGCAGGGCAAGUAGGCGCGCCCGGCGCCCGGCGGCGGGCCGAGGGCAUGGCGUCGCCGGCUCCGGCGGUGACCCUGCCGCGGGCAGCCGAGGGGCCGCACCGGCCCAACGUGCCGAUCAGAACGGUGCUCUCGUGCAGACUGAGGGCGGACUGAGGCGGUGGACGUUUGAGGUACGCCAGUGCGGACUUAUGAGGUGCUACGUGAGCGACUGCGUGGACGUUGAAGUGUGACUGUAUGUAAAGCGGCGUGUGUGAGAGCGAGGUGACCAUGAUUAAAGGCCAUCGAGUAGGUUGAUAAUAUAUAUAUUCUAGUGUUACGGUAAGUGACGGAUGGGCACGAGCGCGAAGUGGACAUCCGUUAAUUGUAAAGCAGACGUGUGCAGUUGCAGCCAUCAGACUGUCCUUGCGCGCUCCGCCUGGACUGGGACAGACCGCCUGGACUUAAAGUGGCGUCUGAGAAUGCUGUCUCUAUGCGCAUGCCACUGUAUUUUUCUCAGUGCUUUGUCGCUUUGUGGUAAAUAAAAGCUUACGCUACUC